AUGCAGGUGUCAGGGAUCCACCAGCGCGUAGUACAGUACCCUGACCUGUUUCCAAAGCAUAUCAGUAAGAUCAGUUUGGGUCCAGAUUCAGCUCCUGGGCUGCUGGUAGCUUUGGAAAUUGUACUUGUGUGGAUUGAGGCAUCCCCAGCGAAAGGGUCGGUUGACCUCCUAGGGGGGUCGCAACCCACAGGUUUGAGAAGCACCGAUGUUGAUUCUCUGGAGGUGCAUAGGUCAAGGAAUUUUCUCUUUUUGUUCCUAGGGAUGGUGCAAAAGCUAGAUCAAAAACUUCCUGUGGCUAACGAGUAUCUGUUGCUCUCUGGAGGAGUCCGAGAAGGUGUGGUGGACCUGGACCUAGAUGAGCUAAACGUCUAUGCCCGAGGGACUGACUAUGACAUGGACUUUACCCUUCUGGUGCCAGCCCUUAAGCUGCAUGACCGUAAUCAGCCUGUGACACUCGAUAUGCGCCACUCAGCCUUGUGCCACUCCUGGCUGAGCCUCCGGCUCUUUGAUGAAGGGACAAUCAGUAAAUGGAAAGAUUGCUGCACAAUCGCUGACCACAUCAACGGUGCCACCAACUACUUCUUUUCUCCCACCAAAGUGGCUGACUGGUUCUAUGACUCCAUCAGCAUCGUCCUCUCCGAGAUACAGAAGAAACCCCAGCGAGGGAUGCCAAAGGUAGAAAAGGUCGAGAAAAACGGGACCAUCAUCUCUAUCAUUCUGGGUGUGGGGAGCAGUCGCAUGUUAUACGAUAUUGUCCCCGUGGUGUCCUUCAAAGGCUGGCCGGCGGUGGCCCAGAGCUGGCUCAUGGAGAACCACUUCUGGGAUGGGAAGAUCACUGAGGAAGAGGUCAUCAGUGGCUUUUACUUGGUGCCAGCUUGCUCCUACAAGGGUAAGAAGGACAAUGAAUGGCGACUGUCCUUUGCCAGGAGCGAGGUACAGUUGAAGAAGUGCAUCUCGGGUAGUCUCAUGCAGGCCUACCAGGCCUGCAAAGCCAUCAUCAUCAAACUCCUGUCAAGGCCCAAGGCUAUCAGCCCCUAUCACCUGCGGAGCAUGAUGCUCUGGGCCUGUGACCGACUCCCUGCCAGCUACCUGGCUCAGGAAGACUAUGCAGCCCACUUUUUGCUGGGUCUUAUUGACGACCUGCAGCACUGUCUGGUCAACAAGAUGUGCCCUAAUUAUUUCAUCCCUCAGUGCAACAUGCUGGAGCACCUGUCCGAGGAGACAGUCAUGCUCCAUGCCCGAAAGCUGUCCUCUGUGCGCUCAGAUCCCGCCGAGCACCUGCGCACCGCCAUUGAGCACGUGAAGGCAGCCAACCGGCUGACGCUGAAGCUGCAGCGGCGGGGCAGCACCACCAGCAUCCCCUCCCCGCAGUCGGACGGAGGGGACCCCAAUCAGCCUGACGACCGCCUGGCAAAAAAACUGCAGCAGCUAGUGACUGAGAAUCCAGGGAAGUCCAUCUCAGUCUUUAUUAACCCCGAUGACGUCACGAGGCCCCAUUUCAGAAUCGAUGAUAAAUUUUUCUGA